AUGGAACUAAUUAUUGGAUGUGUGGGUAAGCCUAGUGCUGGCAAAUCGACCUUUUUUAACGCUGUGACGGAUGGUAAAGCAAAAGUAGGCAAUUUUCCAUUUACAACCAUUGAACCAAAUGAAGGCAUUACGUAUUAUAUGACACAAUGUCCAUGUCUUGAGAAAGACAAAAUGUCGGUCUGUACACCUCGUUAUGGGCAAUGUAAGCAGGGAAUACGGUAUAUUCCUGUAAAACUUUUGGAUGUUGCAGGUCUUAUACCUGGAGCGUCAGAGGGUGCAGGUCUUGGUAAUAAAUUUCUGGACGAUUUACGUCAUGCUCAAGUGCUUCUGCACAUUAUUGACGUCUCUGGUCAUACCAAUGAGAAGGGUGAGGAAACGGUGGGGUACGAUCCUAUUAAUGAUGCGGAUUGGCUUGAGACGGAGAUCCAUCAGUGGGUAUUUAUGAAUCUCUGGAAACGCUGGACUUCUAUUGCUAGAAGACAUAAAGCGACGAAAAGCAGUCUACAAACUACUUUUGUUGGGCAAUUAUCAGGUUAUGGUGCGACGCCGACGUUGGUGAGCAAAAUGCUGGAUCGACUGAGUUUGAAAGAACCAUUGGACCUCUCUAUGUGGACAGAGGAUGAUGUACAUAAUGUAGUCACAGUGUUUUUGGAUGUUCGUUUUCCGACAGUCUUGGUGCUUAAUAAAGCUGAUCAGGGUGAUGAUACAGAUCGUAAUAUUGAAAAAAUUGUCGAGAAAUACGGAAGUGAUCGCUGCUUUGUGGCGAGUGCAGCUGCAGAAUGUUCGUUGCGAGCAGUCAGCAAGCAGCGCUUCAUUCGCUAUGAACCUGGCUCGAUGUUUUUCUCAACACUAGAGGAUGACGACGAAAUGCAAGCUAAGGCUGAUGCAGACAAAGGUUUAGGCCCUUUGAAACCGAUUGAGAAAAAAGUAAAGAAUCGUUUGGAACGCAUUUCCGAUAUGGUGCUCUUUCGUUAUGGUAGCACCGGAGUUCGAGCUGCAAUUAAUGCGGCUGUCGAGUUGGCCGACGUGGUCGUUGUUUACCCGGUGAAAUCGUUGAAAAGCUUUGCCAUUAACACAACACCUGGAGCUAUAAACAAGGGCAUAUUUGCUGAUGCUGUAAUUGUAAAGCGCGGAACGACGAUCAAAGAAUUGGCUUUCCGUGUGUCCCAAUUCCUGGGAACCAACCUUGCUUAUGCAGAGGGCGAAGAUGGCCGAAGGCUUGCUGAAGACGAACCCAUCACAAACAACAGUAUCAUUAUCAAGUUCACAACAACCAUCGCUUCGUCGACCAUAGCGGCUUCGGAUGCUUUUGGAAUAGAUAAAGACAGCAAGAAAGGUGGAAAGAAAGGAGGAAAAGCGGGAGUGGCAGCCAGCGUUGGAAGCGAAGAUAGCUACGAAUAG